UCCAAAUUUAUUAACCGAUCGGGAUUAAGGAUAUCCAAUUCUAAAGUUUUCAGCUCAGAUGAAAAUUAUAUUAAUUGUGGUUUCCCCGCUUAGAGGAAAUUUACCGAUCUCAACACUUUAAUGGAUAAAAAAACUGACGAUAUCUUCCUCAUUUUUUCUCAGAUUAAUGUUUAAAUUGUGCGUUAUGAGUCGGACAUACCACAACAUGCAAUAGUUUUGCAAACCCUAAUCGGCACUGGUUUAAGCUAGACGUCAUUUAAUCUAUGCUGUUAGACCUAUAUAUUGAGAUGCUAUGAUGUCCGACCUACUGUCGUUUGAGCUAUUGAGUAUUUUGACAAUUGUUUAUGUUACCAACAUAUAGGCUUUUAAUUGUAGCAGUUGUAAUAAAGAUUACAUCACAAGAGCCUCUGAAAAUAAAGAGAAGUUCAUUUAGACCACAUUUAAAGAUUUUCAAAAAAAACGAUGAUGAAAUAUAAACAUAAGAGUUUACCUGCAUAUGGUGUACAGUCUUACUUCGUCUGAAUGUUACUUUAUAAUUUUUAAUUUGAAUGAAUGUUCACUACAAAUUAAAAGAAUUAAGUAAUAAUAUUAAUGUCAUCUUCCUUAAAGCAAUGCCGAUUUCUGGGGUUUGCAUGGCUCUUGCAGGGUGGCCACUCUUCAAAUAUAGGGUCACUUGAAAAACGUUUGAAUUCUAUUAAAUAUUGGUCGCUUGUCGACUUUCGUAUAAGGAUGGUUGAAGAGAUUGCACAGAGGGUAUAGUUCUCAAAAGUUCUAGAAACUAUAACAACUAAUUUUCUCGUCUUAUCUGUUUAAUCUGUGUCUUAAAUGAUAUUAUUAACCUCCUCCGAGCCUAAACUCCUUUCAUUAGUCAUUUCUCUGUGAUGCAGUACACCAACACUGCAGUACACUUCAGUACAACAUUUAUACAUAUAUUCUCAAUGAUUUUUCUUAUACACACAAGACAGAAUUAGAUUACUUCCAUUCAACUUGUUGGCUGUAAUUAAACAUAUAAUUUUUUCAUCAGUAUUGUAUUUUUUUGGUCUAAUGUACUGCUGUUGUUAUGUACUGAUGAUAAUCUGUACUGUUGAUCAUCUGAUGUACUGUUCCGUACAGUUAAAUAACCCUGAAUUGUUUAAAACUAAAACUCUAAAUAUUUCAGAUAAAUAUAGAGGAAAAUAUGCAAGAUAAUACAAGAGAAAUUGCUGAGAUAAACAAGUAUCUUGAGACAGAAGAAGAAUGGGAGAAUGUGGCUCAAGUUGUUCCAAAGUUUAACGAUGAUGUGAAUAUUGUUGAUGUGAGUUGUUCCCCGGAAACUAGGCUAGUUUCUCCCCUGGUUAGUCAGGAGAGGGUUUACCUAUAUCUUCGUUCAGGAAUACUAGAAGAAUAUCUAGCUCAGGUUACUGAAAGGCCUCAGACAAGUUUUGAUCUAUUUUUCAACUGUAUUUGUUCAUAUCGACCUCUUCCUCCGCAUUUAGAGCAGGAGAAGCAACGUAUUCUUGCCACAGCACUAAUUCCAUUCAAAAACGAGGAAUCAAUACAUCUUGAUAUUUUACGGAGUAUAUACAGACAGUUGACAGGCGCUAAGGUCAACUGUGCUAGAUAUGGUCAUCACUGGGAAGAUAUAGGUUUCCAGGGAAAUGAUCCGUCUACAGAUCUACGGGGAGUAGGGAUACUCGGUAUAGUUCAGGGGUUGUAUCUUGUGAGUACUCCAGAAAUACUUCCGUUUGCUCGAGAAGUUUAUCGCCUUUCUUUGAAACCAUCACAGGAGUUCCCUCUAAUGGUUCUAAGCUUGAACGUGACCCGAAUCUGUUUACAUAUUUUGCGGGACGGUUUAAUCGACAAGUAUUGUUUGAAAGAUCAGGAUGUAUGGCUGCGUACGAACUAUCUAUACUGUGCAGUACUGUACAAUAUUUACCAUGUCUGGAAAACACAAAACAAAACAAUAUCAAACUGCGGAUUUGUUCUACAAGAAGCGGAAGAGUACACGAGGCGGAAUCCUGAGAGAAUUAUGGAGGAUUUCAGUUCUCAUCUUAGCACUAACUAUUCCAUAGCAGAGAAACAGGAGGCUAGGGAACAAAUACAGAGGGAUACAGAGAGAUAGAUGCAUGGAAUAUAUAUAUAUAUAUACAAGGAAACCUACAUAGUACAUACCUUAGUUUACAAACAAACUAUACUGAACUUUUUGGGAUGAAUGUUCACACGAGGACGCACAAUUGACAUACAUCCUUAAUUAAAAGAAUACUUUGUAAGUACACUGAACAAAGUAAUUAUUUUUGAACCCACAGAAAAACUUGAAUCUUUUUAAAGAAAGACCUAAACAUUUAUUUGAAUCUGUUUUAAACAAAUUUCAACUUUGACACUUUGCAUCUUUUAUGCAGUACAGUACAAUUACAGUACAAUGUAUGUAUGCACUUUACAGUGUACAGCUUGCCACUGUUGGUGCAAAACUCACUAUAAAGUGCAGCACUGUAAACUGUACUGUAAACAAUAACAACAGAAAAUAUCAAAAGAUUGUAUUUUGUUUAUAUGUCAUGACACAUGCUUGUCCAACCAUAUCUAGUCAUUUUUGUGAUUUAUACUAAUUGUGAUAAAUCUUGCAAUCGUAAUAUCAUUUACUGUAUUUAAUACAUUCAUAGAUUUACAACAAUAUAGAUAAAACACUAGAUCUCGUCUUUUCAAGAUUUAGGGAUUUAUCGAUCACAAUAAACUGAGGCAGGACCCUUUCUUGCAUGCUCUCUCUCUGUCUUGUAAUUUAACGCGGCAUACGCGUAACUCAUUCGGGCUUUUGCCUCGGGGUUAUAUCUGAACGAUAAACCAUUAAAUUUUGAAAAGACGACAUUAAGUGUUAUAUCUGUAUUGUUAUUAAUCUAUGCAUACACUGCUCUUCAGUUCUGUCCUGAAACAUUUGUGCAUUUUCGUGAUAGUCUUAAAAUAUUACCUCCAGACAUUGUAAUAUUUACACAAAGUUAGGCUGAAUACUAAAUGAAAGACAAUUUAUUUUUGUGAAUUACAUCACUAUUUUAGUGGAAAGGUUGUUUUCAAAAUCAUUUCUACUCGGAAAUUUUUUGUUUUCUCAUUUUCCAAGUCGAAAACUUUAUCCACGUUUUUUUUACUGACAAAUAGCUGUUAAAUAAAAAAGUGAACUUUUUAUAAAUAUAAAGUUCGGUGUUUACAGUAAAUAUUUAUUUUGUAAAGCCCCUUUUUUAAUCUUAAUAAUCUUCACUUUUAUCUUUGUUUUGUACACAUAUUAUGGAUACCUCAAUGACUGGGUUGUACAUAUUCAUUUUUUUAUUCUUACACUCGAGCUUACUAUUUAAAUAGCAAAAUAGUUUUUGCACAAUAAACCGACUAUUCAAGCUAUUUUUGCCACUUUAUCCAAUGUGGAAAAACUCAAAAUAUACCAAAACUAAAACUCGUAUUAAAAAAAUUUAUAUUUUUAA